ACCACCACCAUUCCCCUUCCCCACCGCCAUCGGAGGAGUGACCCCCAGCUUGCGCUAGCUCCGGCCGGCGACCUAGGGACGACGACACGUACACCACCAGCUCCAUCGGAGACCGACAACCUAGGCCUGCCCUUGGCAUGGUAGGAGGGAAUAAUAUCAACGGCGGCGGCGGCGGCGGAGCCAUGGACGUCUACCUUCCCCGGAGCCAAGGCGACGUCGACGACGACGGCAAGGAGAGGAGGACAGGGACGGUGUGGACGGCGACGGCGCACAUAAUCACGGCGGUGAUCGGGUCCGGCGUGCUGUCGCUGGCGUGGGCGAUGGCGCAGCUGGGGUGGGUGGCCGGGCCCAUCACCCUCCUCCUCUUCGCCGCCAUCACCUACUACACCUGCGGCCUCCUCGCCGACUGCUACCGCGUCGGCGACCACGCCGCCGGCAAGCGCAACUACACCUACACCGACGCCGUCAAGUCCUUCCUCGGCGGCUGGCACGUCUGGUUCUGCGGCUUCUGCCAGUACGUCAACAUGUUCGGCACCGGCAUCGGCUACACCAUCACCGCCUCCAUCAGCGCCGCAGCUAUCAACAAGUCGAACUGCUUCCACUGGCGCGGCCAUGCGACGGACUGCAGCCAGAACACGAGCGCCUACAUCAUCGGCUUCGGCGUCGUGCAGGCCGUGUUCUGCCAGCUGCCAAACUUCCACAAGCUGUGGUGGCUGUCCAUCAUCGCCGCCGUGAUGUCCUUCACGUACGCGGCGAUCGCCGUCGGCAUGUCGCUGGCGCAGACCAUCGUGGCGCCGCUGGGGAGGACGACGAUGACGGGCACGGUGGUCGGCGUCGACGUCGACGCGGCGCAGAAGGUGUGGAUGACGUUCCAGGCGCUGGGCAACGUCGCCUUCGCCUACUCGUACGCCAUCAUCCUCAUCGAGAUCCAGGACACGCUGCGGUCGCCGCCGCCGGAGAACGAGACGAUGCGGCGGGCGACGGCGAUGGGCAUCUCGACCACCACGGGGUUCUACCUGCUGUGCGGCUGCCUCGGCUACUCGGCGUUCGGCAACGGCGCGCCGGGGAACAUCCUCACGGGGUUCGGCUUCUACGAGCCCUACUGGCUGGUCGACGUCGCCAACGUCUGCAUCGUCGUGCACCUCGUCGGCGGGUUCCAGGUGUUCUGCCAGCCGCUGUUCGCGGCGGUGGAGGCCGGCGUGGCGCGGCGCUGCCCCGGGCUGCUCGCCGGCGGCCGCGCCGGCGGCGUGAGCGUGUUCCGGCUGGUGUGGCGGACGGCGUUCGUGGCGGUGAUCACGCUGCUCGCCAUCCUCAUGCCCUUCUUCAACAGCAUCCUCGGCAUCCUCGGCAGCAUCGCCUUCUGGCCGCUCACCGUCUUCUUCCCCGUCGAGAUGUACAUCCAGCAGCGGCAGCUCCCGCGGUUCAGCGCCAAGUGGGUGGCGCUGCAGAGCCUCAGCUUCGUCUGCUUCCUCGUCACCGUCGCCGCCUGCGCCGCCUCCGUCCAGGGCGUCCUCGACUCGCUCAAGACCUACGUGCCAUUCAAGACCAGGUCGUGAGCUCGCCGCCGCCGCGAGCGCGUAGUCACUCUCACUAGCGUAUACUCAGUUCGAUUCCAAUGGGGGAAUAAUUUCUACACUCUUUUGGACUCUGAAAUUAAUGCUACUUGAUCUGAGAAAAAAAUUAUGCGAUGGAUUUAGCUAAGUGGUUCAUAUAUACUAGUAGUAUGUUGUUAAAUUAACCGAAAUGAGGAUGGGUAAUUUUUAGAUGCUA